CUCUCUCACACACACACACACACACACACGAGCCCAUCCCAUGCCCUCAUUUACUCCUGCGGGCUCAGUGUAAAUCUGUUAAGAGAGCGGACUGCGAUUUAAUGCGACACAAAGGACAAAUCGAGGUGAGGAGGAGGUGCUCACAAAACCACUUACACCUCGUGAAUUUCUUGAGCAUCUCUUGCUUAAUAUGAUUAGAGAGGGCUGCUUUCACUCUUAUGCUUUGUAUGUGCUGCUAACAGCUUUCAUUUGUUCAUCUCAUGAUUUUGCAUAAUACAAGUCCUUUAUAUAUCCAGAAUCACUUAAUGGUAAUAGCACAGUAGGAUUCGUAAGUUAAAUCCAGGCAGAGAAAGUGACGCCGGUGCGGGACAGCGCGUGCUUCAUCACGCGAGAGCACAGCAGCAGCCCCACUGCAGCGGGACAGGUGCAUCCACACGCAAUCCAUCACACACACCGAAACUGAACCCGAGUGUGGAUGUACAUACAGUGACAGACAUGUGUGUUUGAGCGGGAGACACUAAUAUCAGCUGUUUUCUCUUCAUGAGGUGUGCAGUCAUGGUUCUCAAAGGUCUGAUCUUGUUGUUGCUGUUGGUACAGUUCUCUGCAGAGAGCACUGCAGAAGGAGGCAAACACAAGAAGGGGAAAAAGGGCAAGCAAGUCAUCUGCCCCUCUCAGUUAUCAGCAGAGGACUUGGACAGAGUCCCAGCCAACUCAACCAGCAACAUACUGAACCGCUUGUUGAUGACCUAUGAUUCACGAAUACGACCAAACUUCCAAGGUAUCCCAGUGGAGGAUAAGGUGAACAUCUUCAUCAACAGCUUUGGGUCAAUCCAGGAGACCACAAUGGAUUACCGUGUUAAUAUAUUCCUGCGCCAGCGCUGGAAUGAUCCACGGCUACGAUUGCCAGCUGAUUUUAAGUCGGAUGCACUGACCGUUGAUCCAAAAAUGUUCCAGUGCCUGUGGAAACCAGAUCUGUUUUUCGCCAAUGAAAAAAAUGCUAAUUUUCAUGACGUUACACAGGAAAACAUACUGCUGUUCAUUUUUCGCAAUGGAGAUGUCCUCAUCAGCAUGAGGUUGUCUGUCACUCUUUCUUGUCCUCUGGAUCUAACACUGUUUCCUAUGGACACCCAGCUCUGCAAGAUGCAGUUAGAGAGCUAUGGCUAUACCACAAAGGAUCUUGUUUUUAUGUGGCAGUCUGGAGACCCUGUUCAGAUGGAUGAGAUUGCUUUACCACAGUUUGAUGUAAAGCAAGAGGACAUUAAGUAUAGAAACUGCACAAAGUUCUACCAGGGAACAGGUCAUUAUACUUGUGUGGAAGUCAUCUUCACUCUCAGAAGGCAGGUGGGCUUUUAUAUGAUGGGUGUUUAUGCUCCCACCCUGCUUCUUGUCGUCCUAUCAUGGCUGUCCUUCUGGAUCAACCCUGACGCCAGUGCAGCUCGAGUCCCCUUAGGCAUUCUGUCUGUUCUGUCACUGUCAUCCGAGUCUAUGUCUCUAGCAUCUGACCUUCCUAAGGUCUCCUAUGUGAAAGCCAUUGAUAUCUGGAUGAUUGCCUGUUUGCUGUAUGGUUUUGCCUCUCUUGUGGAGUACGCUGUGGUUCAGGUGAUGCUGAACAGUCCCAAGCGCAUUGAGGAAGAGAAGAUAAAGAUGGCUCAGAAAGAGAAAGAAAGAGAAAAGGAGAACAACAAGACACCAGCAAAAACUAACAGCGCCAAUGGCACUGGUGGGACACCUAUACAUGUCAGCACACUACAGGUUGUGGAAAACCGCUGUAAGAAGGUGUGUACUUCAAAAUCUGAUUUGCGCUCAAAUGAUUUCAGUAUUGUCGGUUCUCUCCCACGGGAUUUUGAACUCUCCAACUUCGACUGUUACGGCAAGCCCAUUGAGGUCACAGAUGCUGCCGGUAAAUCACAGAACAAGAACAAGAAGAAGCCGUCACCUCCGAAACCCGUCAUCCCGUCUGCUGCUAAACAGAUUGAUCUCUAUGCUCGAGUUCUGUUCCCUUUCACCUUCCUUUUCUUCAAUGUUAUUUACUGGUCUGUCUACCUGUGACCAUGACAGAGUGUAACCGUGCGUUCACGAGCAGCAGCGUGUCAGGGCGUUGAGGAGAGUUGUGCUGCAUCCAGAUGUGCCUACUUAUACUAUGCCCAUAAAACUAUGUACUUUUUUUGGUGAAGAAAAAGUACACACGUUUGAGUGUGUCAUAGAAAAGUAGGCAAGCUUUAGGACAUACUAUCAUGUCACACAACUGCGUCUUUAAAGGAGCGCUCUGUCGCAUAAUUACACGAAUCCUGUCACUGUAAACUGGCCUGUCAAUCAUCUUCUCACAGUUAACAUCCUCCCACAUUUAAUUUAACUUCAUACCAUAUCGGAGAGAAAAUAAGUUGCACGUUGAUAUGCAAGGUCAUGCAGAGAACUCUGCUCAUAUUUCCUUCAUAAUAAUGCAUUUAAAAUUAGAGACCAAACGGAUGUUUAUAACAGUUUACAUUGCUGUUGCAGACGAAAUAUAACACAGAUAACAUUAAAUAAAUAUUUUUUACCAGGUUAAAUAUUGAUUAUUAAUAACUCAAACCCCUUUAUCCAGGGGCGGACUUUACCAAUAAGCAAAGUAAGCAGCGGCUUAGGGCCCCGGGAAUCAGGGGGCCCAUCUCUUAGGCCUAUUGGCAAAAAAUAUUUGCAGUGUUGAGCAAUGUAGCCAAUCACAGACAUAUAAUUAAAUUUCUUGAACGCAAUGACUCAACAUGUUUAAGUUAGAAUCCACUCACAGCUCAAAAUGCCAAGUUUUUGUCAAGUCCUGAGUUCUGCAAGCUCGGGCUCCUCUGAUUAUAACAAAGUGUAGAUACUAUGUAAAUAAGAGAUUUAUUGUGCCAUGUAGUGAGCUUAUUAACGGAACGUCGUGAGAUGGCAAUGAACUGAAGUGAGUGACAGCUUUUAUUGAUUAUAUGAGGGAGCACCCUUUCGCGCAUUCUAGGCUGUAUAAUACUGUCUGUCUCAGAACAGGGAUAUUCACCUCAGUAAAGAACUUGUGUUUCAAGUCUUAAUUUUAUUUGUCUCGAUGU